AUGUCGGUGCGGGCGAUGAACUGGAUACAGAGGAACCUCGGCUUUGACGUAACCGGUGAGUGGGCACAGCAGGUUUCGCUAAAUGUUGGGGGCGUUACAUUUUUGACGUACCGAGCGACUUUUAGGUCAUUCCACGAACACCCCAUAUUCGGGCCGAUAGUCAACGGCACCGGGAAAGUCAGCGAGGACGGCUCUUUUUUCAUUGAUCGUGAUGGUGUAACAUUCCGCCACGUUCUCAACUUCCUUCGCACCGGUGCCUUGCUGCUGCCUGAGUCUUUUGAUGAGUGGGAGCAGCUACUCAGCGAUGCACAGUUCUUCCAGUUACCGGAGCUAGAGAAGGCCAUUCUUGGAAGAUUUGAGUACCAGCGAUUGGUUUUCCGCCGGGCACUCCCGCAAGCCGUAUUUGUGCACUGGCCAGGGGGCAAUCAAUCUAAAAAUGGGGUUGUGAUUGAGCCUCAACUGCCCGCGUUGAAGAUUUCUGACGAUGGAUCGGGGGUACACUACCAAGGGGAACUGCUGCGGAGCAUCGACGAGUUGAUCACGACCCUGCUUUCAGCAUAUGGAUUUGUUAUUCAGCAUUGGAAUAAGCGAGAGGGCAAGGUAUUUCUAAGCCUUGGCUGCACAUGA